AUGGGCUACCUGCGCUUCGCCCGCUUCCGCCGCGGGCUGUGCCUCAGGACCGUGGACUCCUGCUUCCAGGAGCUGAAGGACAGCAGGCUGGUGGAGGAGACCUUCACGGUGGACGAGGUGGUGGAGAUGCUGGACGGGCUGCAGAGGGUCGUGCACGGCGAGGUGGAGUCAGAGCUCAUCCACAGCACCUACACCAACGUGCUGCUGCUGCGCCAGCUCUUCUCCCAGGCUGAGAAGUGGUACCUGAAGCUGCAGACGGACGUCUCGGACCUGGAGAACAGAGAGUUGUUGGAACAGGUUGCUGAGUUUGAAAAGUCAGAAUGUACAUCUGCGAACAAGAAGCCCAGCACAGAUCUCACUAAACCCAAACUGGCUCCAUUAAAUGAAGGUGGGUCAGAGCUGCUGAACAAGAGAGUUGCUUGUCUCCAAGAAGAAAAUGAAAAAUUGAAGGCCAGACUCAAGACCAUAGAAACACAGGCUACAGCUGCACUAGAGGAGAAGUCCAAGCUGGAGAAGUCACUGAAGGAUUUACAGGCGAUCCAAGGAGAUCAAAAGGUAAAUGUCAUUAAGUUCCAGGAUAUUGCUGAACUGGAGAAUAAAGUGGCAGCUUUGAAGUCCCAGUUUGAGAAGACUCUGAAUGAUGCUACUGAAAACCAGAAAUUCAUGGAAGAGGACUUGGUGACAACAAAACAUGACUUGCUGAGGGUUCAGGAUCAGCUGUCCACAGCUCAAAAGGAGCUGGAGAAGAAAUUCCAGCAGACGGCCGCCUACCGCACCAUGAAGGAGAUUCUCAGCAAGAAGAACGAGCAGAUAAAGGAGCUGCGUAAGAAGCUCUCCAAGUAUGAGCCAGAGGACUAA